AUUACAAAUGCCUUAAAUACCCGAAAUAGUCCUAGUACUACUAAUAUCUAUAAACUUCCCUUGAAUUCGGAUGUUCUUAUAUAUAAUUGGGAUAGGCCAUAUAAGCUAAUAGCUAUUAAUAGGGAGGACUAUAUACUAGCUCUAUUAUGUAGUAAUACUACUUUCCACUUAACCUCUAUAAAGCCCUUUUAU